CGUAAACGAUAAUCCAUCACCCUCCUCCUCCGAUCGUCUUCCUCGAAACAAAGAGCGGUUUCUCUCUCUCUCUCUCUCCUUCAUUGCAUCCAAAUCGGAGAUUGAUUUCCAAGAACAUUCGAGAUUCAGCUUCCUUUGCAACGGAAGCUCACUCACACGCUGAGAUUGCGUCCGCGAAAUGAAGGACGACGAUGAUCUACCCGUAUCGACACCAACGUCACAUGCAUCAUCAACGGUGACAUUGAAGAAAGAUACAUCAGAUUCGAGCGCAUUCUCUAGAGGUCGUUACAAGUUUUGGGCCUUGGCUGCAAUUUUGCUCCUCGCUUUUUGGUCGAUGCUUACUGGAACCGUCACUCUUCGUUGGUCUGCUGGCAAUCUUAAUCGUUUCUCCGACCAAUUUGAUAUGCCUAACUUUGACGAUCUCGAUGUCCUCGAAAUGGAGGACAGAGAAAAAGUUGUUAGGCAUAUGUGGGACGUGUAUACGAGUGGCCGCCGGAUCAGAUUGCCGCGAUUUUGGCAGGAAGCUUUCGAGGCUGCAUAUGAAGAUUUGGUCAAUGAUGAUUCUGGCGUACGCGAGGUUGCAAUAUCAGAGAUAGCCAAGAUGUCCUUGGGCUCCAUUGAUCUUGAUCCACAGCCCGUUCAAUCAUCUAGCACACAAGCAGUGAAUCAUCAUAAGCAAGAUGUGAAAGGGAACAACAGCAGCAGCAGCAAGCAGGCAGCAGCAUUAACAUCAUCUAGAGGAGCGAACAAACAGCAGCAACAGCAAGCAGGCAGCAGCAUUAAAAUCAUCUAGAACGAGCAAGCAGCAGCAGCAGCAGCAGCGGCAUCAGUCCAAUCAGCAAAAGUUUUGAUUUGCAGUUGUUUCAUUGACAAUGCAAUAUGGAUUCUGCUUCCCAUAAUCAAUCGGUGGACAAAUAGUAGUUAAAUUCAUGUGAAAGUUAUA